CGCCCUUGUUGUCACAAUUGCCAACAUGCUGCCGAGGCUGAGUGGCCCCGCGCUGCUGCUGCUGCUACCUCUGCUGCCUUCGCUGCUGGCUGGGGGAGGGAGCCACGGGGCCCUAGCCGAGGUGCUGUUCCGCUGUCCCCCUUGCACCCCGGGCAGCAAAAACUCAGCAGUUCCGGCUCUGCGCUGGACUCUUUUGUCUUUGUUCCCAGGACUGGGGGCUGCGGGCGCUUGCUUCCGGAUCCCGAGCCUGAAAGAAGGGGGCAGGAUUGGACAAAAUGGGACAGCAUGGUCUCCAGCCCCUGCCAUCUCCUUUCUCCUCCCCAUCUUGGGUUUCCAGACAGGACACCCCGAACUCUUCCUGCGGCUCUCUCCGACUCACCAGUGCAGGUUGGAAGAGAGGGCGGAGCGGAAGGCUGCUGCCCACUGGAGAGACUUGGAGUUCCUUGGCUGGAAGGACAGCCAGGGUGUGGCCUUGGUGCUCUCCCGGGGCCCGCGAUACUUGGUGUUCCGAUCCCGAGCCAGCUCUUUUCUGAUAGGUAGAGUGGGCCGCCUGGGAGUUGUGGCAGGAGAGCCCACAGGGUUUGGUGUGCCCUUUACCCAACACAUAGGUCUUCUGUUGAGAAGAUCAAAACGUCUGUGCUUUUGGGUUGAGCCAUCUCCAGGAGACACCAUUGAUGACUCAGAUGGUGGACUGGCAGAGAACCACGUGGAUGGGACAGUGAGCGUGCUGGGUGGUGGAGUCCGGAAGCCCCACAAGUCUGGCAUGAAGGAGUUAGCAGUGAUCCGGGAGAAGGUCAUAGGGCAGCACCGACAGUUGGGCAAAGUCAACAUGCAUCAUCAUAUCCAUGAAGACACCAAGAAACUGCGUCCCCCUCCUACUAGGACCCCCUGCCAGCAGGAGCUGGACCAGGUCCUGGAGCGGAUUUCUACCAUGCGCCUCCCAGAUGAGCGUGGGCCCCUGGAGCAUCUCUACUCCCUGCACAUCCCCAACUGUGACAAGCAAGGGCUCUACAACCUCAAACAGUGCAAGAUGUCUCUGAACGGUCAGCGUGGGGAGUGCUGGUGUGUGAAUCCCCAUACUGGCAAGCUGAUCCAGGGGGCUCCCACUAUACGAGGAGAUCCCGAGUGCCAUCUGUUCUACACAGAGCAGGAGGCUCGGGGGGCACAUGCUCAGCGAAUGCAGUAGUCUAGAACCUGCUAGUGCCCUGAUGCCACCUCCUCCUCAACCUUCCUCCCCAAACAUCAGCAGAGAGAGGAGAACGUGGCCAGGAGGGUGGGAGUGCUGGUGGUGGUGAUGGUGGUGGUGGUGGUUUUUCCACAAGUUUUGACACAUGUAUUUAUAUUUGGAAAGAGACCAGCACCUUGCUUGGCAUAUACCCUACUUUGCCCCUUUCUUGCAUGAAAUGCCCACUCCUUGUCCCUUUCUCUCUUCCCUCGCUGGGGAGAGAAGGAGGUGGCUGGGGGUGUGGAAGCCAGUGAAGGUCUGGGAAGGGGAGAAGUUUUUAUUUUUGAAUCCCUGUGUCUCUUUCACCUAAGAUUAAAGGAAGGAAUAAAAAAAACAAAACCUA